CUCUCUCUCUCUCUCUCUCUCUUUCCUUCCUUCCUUCCUCUUUCCUCCUCCGUUCUUGCCCUUCGUGUUUCAACAUCUCCCUCUUCCCCAAACUUUUCCCACCUCCACAUUCCCGCAGCAACAAAUAGAUUAGUAGCUGGGUCUUCUCUUCUAAAGCUCGAUUUUCGAUCCUCCCUCUCUCUACUCUCUACUCUUAUCCACAGCGUUUGUACUGUACUGUCCUUUUCUGUGUCCCUGCACUGACUCAAGCGCCUGCAGAGACACCACCGUCCGCAGCAGCAGGAUUUGUCCUUGCCCGCCAUUCUAGUGGCUCAGCGCUGCCCGGCUCCGUGUCUGUGUCUGUGUACAAUAUUGCACCUUCUUUUGCGAGUCAACCAAUCCCUGUCUAGUUGCUUGCACAGGAGACAGAGUAGCCAGCUCCGAGGAGACGGAAGAAAGUAGAGGCAAACAUCGAAUUCGAAAUAUCAAAACUAGGUAAAAACAGCAACAAAACAUUGAGAUAUACAGCCACGAACACUACCGCACGCAUCUGCAUCAACUGUGGCCAAUUCGCAGAUUUCAGUACUGGGUCUGAUCAGCCGUACCGACACAUACUAAUCCCCGACUCCAUCUCAAUCCGUGUACCAGCCGUGGUUCAAGGUCGUGUAGAACCAGUGUUAACUACAAAGAUCAGCGAUUGAGCAUUUCCGCAGUCAAGUUGCUAGCUUCGAAAUUGCUUUCAACGGGUGCAAUCCAGUGCGUGGUUUCUUAGCUCCACUCGUCCAUUCUCUCUCUCUCCUCAUUCCGAGCGCUACGUUCCCAGACCCUGGCCAUUGGAUUCAGUCUCGCGGCAAUCGACCUACUUGAGUUUGCGCUACUCUGAUUCUCGCCCUGUUCUUUGGAGGAGUACCAUCAUCAGCAGCAGCAGUAGCAGCAUCAUCGUCGUUUUUAGAUCAAGCUCGUUCCACUUCUGAGGAAUCUUGAGUUUGGCGCUUCCCUGCCAGCCUUCGAACGACCCAAGCCAACUCAAGCAAGCCCCUGUCGGUCGGCCAGAACAAAUCCAAUCCGAACCAGGACAGGUCCUCUAUGUAUGGCGGAACCCCCCUGCGACUGUCCCGCUCAGCGCCACCACGAGGGCCCUUGUCGCUUGUUCAUCGCACGCCAGAUCUACCCACCCCCUUGUGCCUAGCCUGGUACCUACUAUUUGUUUCUCUCUUCGCCUCUUUUCAUUUCGCCUCAUCGGUCCCCUCCCCGUUUUGACACCCCAUUGCCAACCCUCACCUGAGUCCAUUGUCACAUCUCCCACCCUGGUCCCGUGUUGACCCAUUCCUGGCUUCCUUCAGUUCUUUUACUACUGGAACCUCAUUCUUUACCACCCCCUCCCCAGUUAUUCGUACUGCUGUUUUCCUUCGCCCAUCACAUACACCCCCAACCGGAUCUAGCCAGGUCAGAUGCAUCUACGGCCUUAAAACUGUCCCAAAUCAUCGUUAGUAAUUACCAGAUCCGCUAUGGAAGCGGCUGACUCUGGAGCCAGGCAAAGGUCUGUUUAAAUCCCGACUUGAAAGUAUUCAUAUUUCUGUCUGCCCCUCCCAUAUUAACACAUUUCUUGUCUUUACAGCCGUCACUCUGCAACCAAUUCAGAACACCAAAUACACCACCCGCCUCAACCCGAUCAACCAUACUCCGAUCGUCGCCAUCACCAUUCCUACUCGCGGGAUAUCUUGUUGGACAGGUCGUAUCGAGAAUCUUCCGCCAUGGCAACGGCAACCCUCAUCACACCGGCUGCCCAUUACCAACCUCAACCUCAACCGCCUUUCUCCAGUUAUUCACAACCCAGCUCUGGUGCUGCCAGUAUUGCCAACAUGAUCUCUGAACCUCGAAAACCAGCCGACGAUCAGGAACCCUCAAAUCGCCAGUCGCUGCCCUCAAUCUCGGAGGUCAUCCAGGGCACUAAACCUGGGCCGUAUCCUGUUGCACAUGCGCCAGGUCUGCAGUCAGGUUCAAGUUUGCCAUCGCCCUUCGCACCAGCUCCCCGAUCAUACCCAGAGGCGGAGAAGCGUUCGUCUCCUCAGCCUCUCCACCCGACCUCAUCUUUUCCUCGGCAAGAUGGACCUGCCUUUGCGGACUCUCCUCGUCCUCAUUUCAGCAACCGACCAUCGCUCCCUCCUGUCUCUGACCGUCGCCAGAGUCCUUCAGCCAAAGCUGAUCUACCUCCACACCACCACCAUCCCGAGCAGAAGCUUCCUGAACCUCACCACCCACUCAAUGGUGCCUACGCUCAUCCUCCUCCCCCUCCAGCUCCUGUCGCAUACCAGCCUGGCCAGCUGCCUCCAGGUCAAAUGCCCCUGCCUACGUAUCCUAUUUCCCCUAGACACGGAAUGCCACCACAUAUUCCCGGGUCCUACGACCCUAGAGCGCCUCCUCACAUGGAUGACCCUGAAUAUGCCCGAGCUAGAUACGAAGUCACAGUUGACAGGCACUACGAAAGCUGGAAUUAUCAAGACUCGCUGAGUCGAAUUGGCACCUCGUCUCGUACGAUUUUCAAUUUUGCCGAAGCUUACAGCAGAAUCGCUCAAGAACAGCACGGAGCUCAUCCUAUCCCAGCUCGACUACCCACUGAACGAGAAGUUAGCGAUAUGCUCAGCAAUAUCGAACUUGUCAAGAGAUCACUAGAGCAAGUGCGUGACUUGGUGCAAACUUCGAUCCAGAACGAACGAGCCCGAGAAGGGUCCAAGAUGAAGGGACCUUACGAGGAAGAGCACGAUGUGAACAUGUACGGCGAUGGAAUGAAACCAGCAUAUGGUAUUACAGAAGUUAAAAAGCGUCGCGGUCGUGCUGCUCCCCCUGGACGAUGCCACAGUUGCAAUCGAAUCGACACCCCUGAAUGGCGACGGGGACCGGACGGAGCCCGGACUCUCUGCAACGCCUGCGGGUUGCAUUACGCUAAACUGGAAAGAAAACGCCAACUUGAGCAGAGAUCGAUUCGUCCUAAAGAUGAGGCUCAUCGACAAUGAGGCCUUGGCUUUUUGAUUUUGGCUAUACUACAAAGUGCUCAUGGACACCUGAAGGCAUUGUGGAUAGGUGCUCGGUUGUCCCAUGAAUGACUUCAACACCAGCUCGCAACCCACAUGUCUACACAUACACACUCGCCUCACACAUACACGCAUACGCACACAUCUUCACGUUUAAUAAUACCCGAUCCAACAGAACGACGACUUUGCAUCGUUCUUUGUAUAUACGUUCUUAUAACUGGGAUACCUUGGGCUUUGAGCAGGGACCCAUAGCAUAACAGGCGUUUGUCUAAUUAUGGAUACCAUGUUAAACAUGGUGUAACUUUCGAGUUCAUGGGAGGAGAGAGGCUUGACUUUCUAGACAAAAGAGAUUUCUUUGAACCACGCGACAGUGGAGAAACUACUGGGAUGGGCGGAGGGCAGCGGAGAGCUAUCAUCGCAACAUCAGCAACGGAGGUGUUUGUUGGCCUUGCUCCUACGCAGGAGAUGGGAAUUUUUUUGGGGAUGGGAUUGGUUAUACUGGGAGGAAAACUACAAUGGAUUCACGGCAUGUAUCCAAGCUGAAAGAUUACUUGGCAUGAAGAGGAGUAAAUUGAAGGUAUCAAGGACAUGUUUCUAGUUCUAUCUUGGAAAGCAACGCCAACAAGGCUAGGAGGGGGAGUCUACAGCAGAGGAGAUGUCCGUGGCGGUAAAGGAGAAUUCACAAAGCGAUGAACUACGCCGAACCUGAAAGUGCACACAAUAUCCCUAUGACAGCCUGCGAGUGUGAAUGUAAGUGAGCUUGAGUACAUAUAAAUUUUAAGCAGCCCAAUUAAAGCAGCGGUUGCAGGGACGGAAGCAUUUGCCACUUGGGCAUCGAGACUAUCGAAAGAUUGGCGAAGCUUAAUUAGUCAUUUCUGGAGAUGAGGGACGAUCAUUUGCCUUGGUGGGGUUAGAAGUAUAUGAUCAUAUCUCGGCCUUGCAUAGAUCUACUCCGUACAGUGUCUUGCUUUAUUAGUGUUUAUUAGAGGAAGAAGACGAAGUGGGCGCAUUGCAGGUACAACAAACAGACAGACAGACAGACAGACAGACAGACAGACAGACAGACAAGCCAAGACUACCCAGCCUGUUAGUAUGUACUGAAUCGAAUGUAUGAAGCAGAUUGUUUCCCUACCCAUUUCGAGAUCAUCCAUUCCCCCAUAAGGACUACGAGACGGGAAUAGCGGGUGCCAGCUCAUCUGUACGGGAAGUGACUUUUAAAACAGAAGCCAACAAGACAAUGCGCAUUGGAGGCAUUAGUGAGCAAGUGGUUCGGCAGGCUGAGUUACACAGAACAAUAAGGGGUAGGACAUGGGAGACGAGCACGGGACGGGAGGCUAAUCAAGGCACAGGCGGGAGAUCUGACGAACGGGUAGCUUGCCUGAACUCAUCGGACACGGGAACGUGCGUGCAUGUACAUGUGCUUCUGAGUUGUUGGUGAUGGUGUUGUGCAUGUGAGUUUCUGGAUAGGCUACGUAGUACAAGACAAGACAAUACAGACAAGACAAGAUAAGAC